UCUGCAACGUGAACGCGCCACUCCAUGCGGGUUGAAUAAAGAAGGAAAAGCAGAAAAAAAAAUCAGCUGAUAGUGAAACAUUUAACUGAUCCCUGGGCAAAGAGCAGACACCGGUUUGAUUCCCACAUCUGAAGCCGGUCCGGGUGCCCGGGGGGUCUGGUACUCUGCUCACCUCCUCAGCCGCUCUUUGUCAGCUGGUUCACGCACGGAGACCCGGGCGGGUUUGUGGGUUUUUUUUUCUCUGAAUGAAUCCUCCUCAAAGCAAAAGAGACUCGCUUUGUUUUAACGCGUUACGGACUGGGGAGUGUGUUACUUUGGGUUUUUCUGUGAAUCAUCGCUGAUGGGAUUUAUUUCCAGCUGGAUUUAAUCACCUUUUGUUUGGCGGAAGAAGAGGCUGAUGCUGCGGUUCACAGUGAAGUCACACUGACGGAGAGUCACCGGAUCAGGUCUCUAAUUACCGGUUUUAUCUGCCGGUUUACGGUGGAUUAUCUUCACGGGGCUGUGGGAUUGUGGAAGCAGCUCUAAUGGGAUUAUCGCACCUUACUAUACAAGGAUUUUAUUGUUUUAUCAUAAUUGCCUCUUGGGAUCGGUUGUAGGGUUCCGCCUGCCUUUCCUCGCUCUUUUGUGUGGAUCUUGUCUGUCAGUACCGGACCCUGUUAGUCUGUUCCGGUUCUGUUCCCGGUGAUCCCGGUGUGUCCCGGGUUGAGGAGCACCAUGCCGGAGUGUGUGUCCGUUUCCGAGUUUUUGCAGGAGGUUCAGGAGGACUGGAGCUCCCCAACCACUUCCUCCUUCACCUCCAAGAUGAUCAGCUGCAGGAACACCGUCUACCUGCUGGAGGAGGUUCUGGACAGUGACCGUUUGGUGUUGCAGAAGAUGAAGAAAGCUGCAAAAUCCAAAUAUACAGCAGGACAAGACCACGUCUCUCACAUGGAGCAGUACAUUAACUCGAUGGAAAAGCUGUCAGUCAACUGUCACUCAAACGGAGAGUCGGAAGUCGGCUCGGCCUUCUGUCGACUGGCGGACUUUUCAAAAGAACUCCUCUCUCCCAUGAAGAACCUGUUAAAGAGCAUGCUCCACAACAUCAACUUCUUCCUGGACUCUCUGGUUAAAGGAGACCUUCGAGAGGUGAAGGGGGAUCUGAAGAAGCCUUUUGACAGAGCAUGGAGAGACUACGAAAGCAGAUUUAAGCAGGUUGAGAAGGAGAAGAGGGAGUUGGCUCGUCAGUACGGGAUGGUGAGGAACGAGGUGAGCGGGGGAGAAAUCGCAGAGGAGCUCGAGAAAGAGAGACGCUCCUUCCAACUGAGCAUGUGCGAGUAUCUGAUUAAGGUCAACGAGAUAAAGACAAAGAGAGGAGUCGACCUGCUGCAGAACCUCAUUAAACACUACCACAGCCACAACAACUUCCUGCAGGAGUGUGUGUCCACUACUCAAAGGUUGAAGCAGUACAUGGAGGAGCUGAACGGAGUCCUGGCAACGGUGAAGCAGCGUCAAGAUGAGGAGAAGAGGCAGCUUGUGUCUCUCAGAGAUCAGCUGAGGCCGGUCGUUCACACAGAGCAGGACACUUUACCUAAGCAAGUGUACAGUAUGCAUCAGCUUCUGGGAGACAAACAGUACGGGACAGAAAGAACCGGAUUCCUCUACAAGAAGAGUGACGGGUUGAGAAAAAUGUGGCAGAAGAGGAAAUGUUCAGUUCACAACUGUUACCUGACCAUCGCACAUGCAACUCCUAAUAAACCUCCUACCAGACUAAACCUGCUCACCUGUCAGGUUAAACCCAGUGUUGAGGACAAGAAAUGUUUUGACCUCAUAUCACAUAAUCGCACGUACCACUUCCUGGCUGAGGAUGAUGCCGAAUGUGUGGCCUGGAUCUCGGUGCUGAGUAACAGUAAGCAGGAGGCUCUAAACGCCGCUCUGGAUGGGGGGAGGCGAGGGGGAGGGGGAGGGGAGAGCAGCGUGGAGGAUCUGACUCGAGCCAUCACUGACGAUGUCAGACGGAUGCCAGGGAACAACAGCUGCUGUGAUUGUGGAGCCCCAGAUCCUGGAUGGCUCUCGACCAACCUGGGCAUCCUCACCUGUAUUGAAUGUUCAGGGAUCCACAGGGAGAUGGGCGUCCACGUCUCCCGGAUCCAGUCUCUGAGCUUGGACAGCUUAGGGACUUCUGAUCUGUUGUUGGCCAGGAAUGUUGGUAACUCUGGUUUUAAUGAAAUACUGGAGGCAAACUUGCUGAGUCCGUCCAUGAAGCCUUCCCAACACAGCCACAUGACUGAACGUAAAGAUUUCAUCAUGUCAAAGUAUCAGGACAUUCAUUUUGUGAGGCGCAGCCACAGCAAUACUGCAGCGCUGCGGCUCGGCCUGCAGGAGGCGACAAAGAACUGCGACAUCUACAGUCUGAUCCAGCUGUACGCUCAGAGGACGGAGCUGAGUCAGCCGCUGCACUCACACAUACAGGAGAAAGGUGAGACGGCUCUCCAUCUAGCCGUCCUAUUGGCUGACAGGACGUCGCUGCACAUCCUGGACUUCCUGGCUCAGAACUGUUCUAAUGUGGACGUGCAGACAUCAGCAGGAAACACAGCGCUGCACUACAGCUGUCUGCACAACAAGAGCGACUGUGUGAGGCUGCUGCUGAGAGCCCGGGCCAACACACACAUCAAGAACGAGUUGGGAGAGUCGGCCCUGGACGUGAGCCGCAGGUUGAAGCACAGCCACUGUGAGAAGCUGCUGCAGCAGGCUCAGUCCGACCUGUUUGACCAUCACGUCCACGUGGAGUACGAGUGGAGGCUUCGUCACGACGAUCUCUACGACAGCGAUGAUGACUUUGAAGACAAGAACGGUCCAGUGAAAAAGGAGCGCUCCACCUCUGCCUCCUCGUCCACCUUCACCUCCUCCUUCUCCUUCUCCUCCCGUCCCUUUAGUUUCAAUCAGACUAACUCGUCCUCGAUCACCCUCAACUCAUCCUCUUCAGCAGCAGGAGGGGGGGGUCUGCUCAGUGUGGGGAGGAGGCUCGCCAUGGCGAUGGAUCUCCACAAUCGUCAAUCUGGCCAAGUCUCCAGUCCACCUCCUCCUCCUCCGUCCUCCCCGGCACCUCCACUGCCCCCUAGAGUCAAAGCUCCUAAUGUUCCUCCUCCUCCUCCUCCAGCUGGGGGAGAGGGAGGUGGAGAGGAUGAGGAGGAGGAAGGCGAGGUUUUCUUCCCCAUGACAGGAAACAGGAAGUCGACUCCACCUCCCAUUGCUGUACGGCACAAGAGGACCUGCUCCGAGUCCAGCAAGCACGAUUACGGGUUGCCAAACAGUCCCAGGAUCUACAGCGGUCCAGACUCCUCCUUUAGGAAGUGUGUUCCAUCGUCUCCUCUCAGCUCGCUGACUGAACGACCAGAGAGAGGUUUCCGGAGGGCAGACAGUGACAAUAGCUCCUCCCACUUUCUGCACCCUGCCAGUAAAGCUGCACCCAACCGGUCCCCUACCAAUCAUCGCUCUCAGAGCUUUGACAAUGACAGAGGCCCCGCCCCCCAACCGCUUCCUCGCAGAUCAUUGCCUCGAGGCUCAACAAGUCGUCGAGUUGAAGCUCUGUACGACUGUCAGGCCGAUCACCAUGACGAGCUGAGCUUCUGUGAGGGUCAGGUGCUAGUGGUGCUGGGACAGGAGGACAGUGAUUGGUGGCAUGGGUACAUCGAGGAGGAACCGGACCAGAGAGGUUUAUUCCCGUCGUCCUUCGUCCAGCUGCUUACAGACUGACACGAACCUGGAUUAUAUUACACCAAAGCAGAAGCGAUGCCGGACUGGGACCUGUUCAGAUCUAGACCACACCUGUCCGAAUGGAGAACCAGAACCUGGAGCUCAGGUGAACUGAAAUAGAACCAAAUUGGAUCAGGACUGAGCAGCCAAAGCUGAAUCCAUUGAUGUAUUAUGAACCAGGUUGUACUUUCAGGCCCAAUUCAAACUCCCAGGACAGGACUGAUCAGCACCUGACCGGCUCAAGGACUCUCUAAGGUCACAUGAAAAUGUUGCCAUGGAGACAUCUUCACACAGACUGAUCAGCUAUGAUUCAACGCUGAUUGUUGACAAGACACUUAUUUAUUUAUCUAUUUAAAAUAUUUUUUAAUAUGAGCACAGUAAAUGACAAAAACUUCAAAAUAACAACUGCACGAAAUGUUACUGACCCCAGUUCUGGCUCCGCCUCCUUUUGGGGGCGGGGCUGACAAGAUCAAGCUGGUGACCAUAGCACAUGGGAUUUUGAGGUAGGUGAAACUGAAUGAUAAACACAAGCUUUUGGCUUUUAAUUCAGGUAGCAUCAGUCCGUCUGAGCCUGAAAUGGGACAUUUAAUCCCUCCAACUGCCUUUGAUUACAGAAUACAUCACAAAGCGUCAGUAAAGAUAUACAGUGGCGCGUUACUGCCAGUAUAACGAAAUGAAAACAUGUUCUUAAUUUGAAGGGGUCUUUUAUAACAUUAAAUACGUCUUUCUCUGUUGUGACACAUUUCAGCUGUUAUUCAAUGCUGAUGUUGAGAAACAAUUAUUUAAUGAAUUUUUAUAACGAGCACAGUCAGCUGCAGGUCACUUCAAACCAACAACUGCACAAUGCGUUAAGGCCCUGACACACCAAGCAGACGGCAAAGAACUAGUGGCAACGAAGGCCGACUGUGGCGGUGGCGUCGCCUCACAAUGCCCGUGUCUUGGCCAAAAAGACUACAGUCAGCGGCCAACCACCAUGUAUGUUCUGCGCAUACUUGAGAGGAAAUAACUCUCCAUGCCAGCAGGCGGCGGUAGUCCGUUGUUAUGGUACGGGAAGACCAUUUUCACACAGUUUGAACGCCCAUCAUUCUAGGUGCUUCUAAACGAGAAUAAUGUCUGAUUAAAAGUUGAAAAUGGCGCUGUUGUUGUCGGCCUUUGGGCUUUUAGUGGAAAAAGAAAAGAAGAGACCGAGGCGACAAAUAAGGAGUAACCGCACUAAUGGGUGAAAGCAUGGAUUCUACAGCGGCAUGCUCAGGGGGAUUUCCUGAACCUGUGUUGAUAGCUGGAGUUAAUUGAAACCUUCGAACAGCCAAUCAGAGAGAUCCCUCUCACCAAUCGCGCCAACACUGACUGCAAUGAUUCAACAUGUCGAAUCGGCCCAAAAAUCAGACGGGGGCCGACGGGUAACGACAGAGCUGGACACAUCGCAAAAUCUAGUGCAACGAUCGCUCACUUUCUUGUCCAACUAGGACCGACGGCCGACGAGCUCCUUGGUAAGUCAGGGCCUUUACUGUCCCAGUUCAGGCUCCGCCUCCUUUUGGGGAGGGGCUUACAAGAUCCAACAUAUAACCAGAGCACAAAGGAUUGUUGUAAAUGUGAAACUAAAGGAUUAAUUCCAGGUGUUUGCUGCUAAUUCAGGUAACUUCCCUCAGUCUGAGCCUGAAAUGAGUCACAUCUGAUGCUUCAAGCUGCCUUCAAGAGCACAGGACAAACUAAAGCCUCGAUAACUAGUUUCAGUUACGAAUUACUGCCAGUAGGUACGAAUUACUAUUGUUUUGUUUUCAAGAUUACCACAAAAUGAUCUCGUUAUCUCUGGGGAAAAAGAGCGUUGUUUUCCCCAGGUACGAGAAAGUAAGUUGCCAUCUUGAGAAAACAACAUAUCAGUUUGUUAUAAAAGGAAAACCAGCGCUGUUAUCACAAGAUCACAACAGAAACAACCUGAGAUCUUGUGAAAACAACGGCUAUCCUCGUUACCGUGGAAACAAACAGAGUAAAUUAAAAGCAUGGAAAAGUGUCCGCUGUGGGCCUCCGUAUGGGCUUCAAUGUGACCGCUUUAACUUCUUGUUUUGUUCAAAGGAGGAAAUUAAAAAAAAAGCACAGAUUGUAUUUCUUUCUUUCAUUUUUAUUUCAUUCAAAGUGACAGUGGUGGGUUCAUGUCGUUUUUAAUGACACAGUGAAUAUCACUGUUUGUAAACAUGAAUGAAUGAAUAAAUGACGUGAUGAUCAGCAGGUUCUGUGUUAAAUGGAAGUGACAUUUUUCUUGAACAAACAGUCACAGUUUAAACAUGAAGAGCUGAAUUAAAGCUAUGAAAACUGAAAAAACAUAAAACAUACACCCCAUUUGGUCUGCUCUAAGCCUACAAACAGCCUUUCUCUAUGAAACACAAGCAGCAGAUUGAUUUAAUCUGCAGCCGUGUGCAUCCUUGAUUGAAA